AUUUGUAAUUUGUAUAUCAUGGUUUAUAAACAAUCGGGUAAAAAUUGAACUUUUCUAUUAAAAAGCCACAUUUUCUGGUGUAUCUAAUUUUACGAUUUCGUCGAAAAUUGUUAAAUUGAUUAGAAUCAAUUUAAUUUUAAUUGAAUAUAAGUGAUUAGUCAGGAAGAAGAUUUCUACCAGCAUGGAGUCACGUACAGAAUUCAAAUUAAAAAAUGCUCCAAACGAUGCAAUUUCAGCUGUAGAAUUUGGUCCAAAUUCUACACAAUUUCUUCUUGUUUCCUCAUGGGACAGUACUGUUCGAUUGUAUGAUAUUCAUGCAAAUUCCCUGAGAGUUAAAUAUAAUCACGAUUUACCGGUUCUGGAUGUUGCAUUUCAGGAUGCGGUACAUGCUUAUAGUGGCGGAUUGGGAAACACUUUAAAAAUGUACGAUAUAAAUACAAAUACAGAAUCCGUAAUGGGAGCACACGAGAAACCAAUUAGAAAAGUGGAGUACUGUGCAGCGGUGAACGCAAUAUUAACCGGUGGUUGGGAUGCUGCGGUGAAACUUUGGGAUCCAAGAAGUCCCACAUGUGUGGGAAGUUAUCUUCAACCUGAUGUAGUUCUUGCUUUAUCGGUUUGCGGUGAUAAAUUUGUUGUCGGCACAGCUAAACGAAAAGUUUGCAUUUGGGAUUUGAGGAAUAUGGCCGGUAUGUUUCAACGUCGCGAAAGCAGUUUGAAAUAUCAAACGAGGUGCAUCAAGGGAUUCCCCAAUGAACAGGGCUACGUUCUGAGUAGCAUAGAAGGCCGAGUUGCAGUCGAAUAUUUAGAUACAACACCAGAGGCACAAAAGAAGAAAUACGCCUUUAAAUGCCACAGGAUAAAGGAGAAUAACGUUGAAAAUAUUUAUCCGGUCAACGCAAUUAGUUUUCAUUCCGUUUAUAAUACAUUUGCAACUGGUGGUUCCGAUGGAUACGUGAAUAUUUGGGACGGUUUUAACAAAAAACGUUUAUGUCAAUUCCAUAGAUAUAACGCAGGUGUAGCUGCUCUUAGUUUCAGUCAAGACGGAACAGUUCUUGCAAUUGGCGUCUCGUAUUUAAAUGAAUCAGAAAUUCCACCGGGCGGUUUGGAUGAACAAGAAAUUUAUAUAAGAUACGUCAACGAUCAGGAAACAAAGCCUAAGUAAGAAUGGCUACCCACAAAUUUAAUACACAAAAUAGCAUUCAUUUUUUUCCCUACAAAUCAAAAGAAAAAUUGUGCGAAAAUUCGAAUCCAAUUUAUUUAUUCAUUUUUUUUCUCGGAGAAAUUUUACUUUUUCUACAAAUUUAUAAUUUUUCUUUUGUAAAUUUAAUUGAAUCUGCGUUAUAGAUCGCCUGGAAUGUAAAAAAAGGUUCUUUUUCGACCUUUUUUGGACCAUCAGAGUUUAUUCGUAUCUCAGAACGACAAUGGUAUAAACAUACCAAUAUUUUUCUGUAUUUUGUGGAAUCGUCCAUUACUUUUUCCUCUCACUUUCAGUGAAACAUUUUUUUUUUUAAUUAAAAAUGAAUUUUUUAUACAAAAGAAAAUAAAACUCUUUCACUCUUAAGCGAAUCAAAUGAAAAAUAAAGUUUAUUUAUUAAAAAGCAA